CGUAGAUGUUGAUUGACGCCCCAAAAUACCGGCUUAAAACUUGUCGUCAUCAUAUACCACACCCGGCCUACAAGGUGUCAGGAGGCGUGCCCACUGGUAUAUAGGGCGAGCAAGUCCGACAACUCCGGUAACACUCUCACUAGAGGGCACAAUAGGAGCCGGCUGCAAAUUCAGGUCGUCCACGGCACCAGAUACUCGGUAGCUAGGUCAUCAUUUCGAUCCAACAUUGACUGAAGAAAUCUUCACACUACUUCAGACCAGUAUGCCGGUGUUUGAGAAGGAGACGGGUGCCCUGGCGGUAACUGACGGGGCAGUCCUGACUGUCGGCGGCAUCGAGUCAAAACAGACGCCGAAGGAUGUGCUCGCCGGGUCCGACAAACGCAUGAAACAGUCUGCAGGCGACACCGGGGCAGACAAGUCCAGAAUGGUCAAGAUGGUGAACCAAGACUUGGAGGAGGUGGAAAGCCGCACCAUGACGCUGGAGGACUGGCACAAUAAAUGGCGCAGGGGCAAGACCAAGUUUCACAUGCCCAAGGUCCACCCGUACGUAAGACUAGAAAACCAUUAACUAAGCUAUUGACUAAAAAAACAUCUUACGCAACUUGCUUGGGUGUCCCAUCAAUAAGGCCAUGUUGAUUUGGUUAUAUGGAUGACAUCCGCGCC